GAACCUCUCACACACACACGCACACCCUCUGGCACUCGUCCUCGGUUGACACUGACAGGAGCUGCUAUGGGACCAAGCGGACUUCACCGCAUGGACCUGGAGUAGAAUCUGCUGUAAACUGACACAACUGACACACACACACACAGAAACACACUUACACACUUGUGGAAAACAAACACACAAGCAAAGUGUGUUUUACUUGACCAUGACGGAUACUGCAGCCGAGGAGGACAAGGACCCUGAUAUUGAGCUAUUUGUCAAGGCUGGGAGUGAUGGGGAGAGCAUCGGAAACUGUCCCUUCUCUCAGCGCCUCUUUAUGAUCCUCUGGCUGAAAGGCGUAGUCUUCAAUGUCACCACUGUUGACCUCAAGAGGAAACCGGCUGACCUUCACAACCUGGCCCCAGGGACGCACCCGCCCUUCCUCACCUUCCAGGGGGAGGUUCUCACUGAUGUCAACAAAGUAGAGGAGUAUCUGGAGGAGAUGCUGGCUCCACCAAAGUAUCCCAAACUUGCAGCAAAGAAUCAUGAGUCAAACACAGCAGGAAAUGACAUAUUUGCCAAGUUCUCCGCUUAUGUCAAAAACACAAGACCGGAUAAACAUCGAGCACUAGAGAAGAGUCUAGACAAGUCCCUGGCUAAGCUGGAUAAGUAUCUGUUGAGCCCACUACCUGAUGACGUCCAGACUGGACGCCACAGUGGCGAGGGAGAAUCCAAACGCAAAUAUCUGGAUGGAGAUGAGCUGACGCUGGCUGACUGCAACCUUCUGCCCAAACUUCAUGUCGUCAAGGUGGUUGCGAAGAAAUACCGGAACUAUGACAUCCCAUCUGAAUUCAGAGGGGUGUGGCGUUACCUUGGCAACGCCUACAGCCGAGAUGAGUUCACCAACACGUGCGCAGCUGAUAUCGAAAUCGAGCUGGCCUAUAAGGACGUUGCUAAGAGGUUGGGAAAGUGAACGCAUCACUACCACAGUCACUGUUGUACCUUUCCCGCCUUUUAGAAAAUUUACUAAAUCAUACUUCUAACAUGCAGCAUUUACAAACGAUGAGUCAUUUUAAACACGUGUGUGCUGGAAGGUGGUUAAGUGUUGCACAGUGACAUGUGUCUCAAAGAAAGGACGAAUGAUUCAUCAUUUUCUAAAGUUGUUGUGUAGCAUCUCAAGUCUUAUUCCUGUGUAAUAAUACUGACUAUAAACAAAUGGAAGAGGCUGAAAUGGUUGGCUGUGGUGAUUAUACUGCCCCAAAUAAUAGCAUGAUUUUAAAUGGAAACCAAUGGAAAAUCCCACCCUCCCCUUAGUUGCAGUUGCUAGGUCGGACAAGCUUAACAGAAAUAGGCCUAAACCUGGUGAUGUUGAUUCAUUUCGCUGGGUGACGUAGUGUGUAUUAAAUAGUUUCCUGGUGUCAGGCAAUAUACCUUCAAGAGCCAGACAGCAGUGCGGGUAUCCAUUCUUAACAGUGGCACAUAGCCUUACAAAGAUAAUAUAAACAAAUGAACGUUAGCCUUGGUCUGGCUAAAGAUAAUUCAUGUCAGAUAUGUCGACCACCAACCUAUCUUGUCUUUUUCCAAAUCUCGUUAAGGUUACCACAGAAAAUAAGGAGGAAGCAAAUUUGGCUGACACUGGUGAUCUGAAAUUAGGCUAGCUCCUCUUGGUGUAGCUAUACGUUAGCUAGCUAAUUAGCUUAACAUUGGCUAACUAAGAUGUACAAUGUAGUAUGUUGGUGGGGAUGGUGACUCCAAUGUAAUGUGACCCCUAGCCACAUCUUUACCAGUCUUCAAAACUUGGUUUCCUUUCAACAUAGACGAGCCUAGCGCCUAGCAUAACUAUGUAGACCCAUGUGGCCUAUGUAUGAAGAGAACUGGAUACAGCGUUAGAGGUGGGGCCCUGUUCAUUUCUUUGAGAGUCGCUCAGUGACAUAUAAAGCCCAAAAAAUUUUGACUUCCAUGUGGAAAAUGAUCUAGAUCUUCCGCUCUGCUUCUGCAUCGUUGGCCCAUAUAGAGAUGCUGCACUAACUCAAAGCCCAAAAUCAGCCCCUGAUCAAAGCCCAAUAGUGAAAUGAAUUAUUUCGAGGGGCUUGGGGAUGCUUAAGAAAUUUUAGCCAUCAUGUUACAGAUGUCUCUUCCACAGCAUGAGUCUAUCGGAAAAAAUCUUUUUGGUUGCAAUGGCAUCACAUGACAGGCACGGAUGUUGUAAUUCUACAGCCCUCGUCAGGAAAGGUGACUGAGGUUCUGCAGGGUACCAAGCUUGUACAACUGUCAUUGGAGCACAGAAUGAAAAGGGGCGGGACUUAGGAAAGGUCAAUUGACUGUAAACCCCUGUCCUGAGCAGUGAUUGUGAUUGCUAUCUACUUUAACAUGCUGUACAAGUACAGAGAGCUUGACAGGCGUAGCAACAGUAACUAAGGGUCGUGGGGCUUAACAAAAGGUCAACCUGGAGAUCACCAGACAGCUGAUGUUAGCUCUACUGAAGUACUACCCAUUUCUACUUACAGUUAAUCUGCUUACCAAACCCAAAUAAUUUCAUGUUGUGCAUUGACAUAUGUAAUAGGAGGGAUCCAUAAAGCAGAUUUUGAUUAUAUGACCUGUCCUCUGUCUUCUGUGGAUAUGUUGUAUUAGCUAUUACAUUGCAGUGUUGAAUUAAUGUUGAGAAUGUGUUUCAGCCAAAGUACUUUGUCUUUUACUGGGGCAGUGUCAGCCUUGUACACUUUAGAAAUAUGGUGUCUCCCUCCUUCUCUUUCAGACACAACAACUGAAUGAGUGUUACACCACAGUUUAUGUAUCAUAAUGAUCACUAUCAGUCUAUUUCAGAUUAAAAUUAUACUUUCAAUGUAAUGAAUCAGCUUAUGAUGAAAGAGAAAAGCACCCAAACAAAACAAGUUUACUCAAGCUGUUGUGUUGUCAUGUAAUUUUAAUCAUGAGUGCCUUAGUGGGAAUCAAGCUCUCCUCCGCCUCCAGCUCUUUAUGUCUGUACAGUAAAUUAUAUAUGUCUGAAUAUAAUAUGAAUGUGAAUUAUUGAUGUCAUCAAAGGACUCCUCCUGCCCCACGGAGCUGUGUAAUAAUAAUAUAAACUUAAUAUUUCUGUAAAUGAUUGUAGCUCAACUAUAUUCAUAUUCCUUCUGAUGAUUAGAACCAUGAAUCCACUGUGUAUAUGUCGCUUAUUUGAAUAAUAAAUCUAUUUUCUCAGAGACUGA